UAUCUAACAUAAGCAAUUAAAACUAUCUAUGUUUGAUGAGUACUUGAUCAUUUCUUGGUGCAGAUCUGACCUUUUUUGUGGUCAAUACAUUGUGAUUUAUUGUGGAUGAUCAAAUUAUCAAUCAUUAAUUUUCUCGUGAAAUAAUCUUCUCAUUUUGAGAAAAAUGUUAUUUGAUUUGAACAUCAUAGUCCCAGCAUAACAAAGACUAUGAAGUUCAGAGGCAAUUUGUUCUGCUGUGGUAUAAUAUUUGAUGAUGAUUGUUCAGAUGGCAAUUAGUUUCACCAUUUGAUGAUGUAUGAUAAUAUUUCAAGUUUGCCAGCAGUGGUUGAUGAUUGUCGAACUAUGUCAUGCUAGUAUAAUACUAGCAUGGUGUUUGGUUUUAUACCAAGGAUGUCCUUGAACACACAAUCAAGCACAAGGCUUGUUCCAGCUAUAUGUUUAAACCGUGCUGAUCGGCAUGUAUUGUACUGACAUGUCCAUCCUGAUGAACUAAAAAAACACUUUCUAUGACCUAUCGUAGAUGAUAUUUUGUGAUCCAUCUAUUACCUUAUUGUGAAUAUUCCAACAAUAUCAGUCAUUUGUACACUUGAAUAAAACCUUGAUCUCUUGAAUUUAAUCAUGAUCAUGAUAGCGGUUAUUGUGAAACUGAAAAUUUUGUCUGUUGGAUUGUAGUUUUCCUUUUUUUCUAGAGUGCCAAUAAAGAACCUACUGUUUGAGUGUUCUGAUGAUACAACUAUGACACAGCCUUGUACAGAGUUCUUUGGAGUGUUGUGCUCAACUCUUAUGGGACUUUUAUGGACCAAUAUAACUACUGUUGUGGCUUGGAAAGCUAUAUAUUUCUUAAUGGGUAGCAGAUUAUUUUUUACAUGUUUCUUAGAUACCAAUAUACACUUAAAAUAUACACUUCAAAUCCUGUGAAUGCAAGUCCUUUAGUUCUAGUUACUGUCAUUUAGUACUUUUUAGUUCAUGAACCCUGUAUGUGACAUCCAUCUUUCAUCUGUGUGUGCUCAAGAAAUUAUGAAUUUCAUCACAAUGCCUCAGUUAUUAUCCAAUUUCACUAACAGUUAUGUCCAGGAUACAUCUUGACUCUAUGAUUUCGCAGACCUGAUUUUAUCAAGAUUACAAAAUAGGAUGAUAAGUUGUAUCACAUAUUAUAAUUUAUAGACUGGCCAAGGACCUUGCAUUUGAUUAGGUACUAAGAUCUUACUGAUACUUAUUGCAUUAUAAUCUUAAUUGUUUACUGAUUUCAUCAGGCUUUUUUUGGAUAUGCACAAUUGGUCAAAAAUAAAUCAGUUGGGUCCUGAUGCAAUACCUUGUUUCUGUGGCAUGUAUCUAGCAACAGGUUUUAGUAUGAAAAUGUCUCUUUGUGAGUUCCACACAUUGCAGCUACCAACAUGCAUGUGACAGCUCUCUUGCACACUUUCACUAUGUUGUUUCUAAGACUAAUGAAGUUUUAGUUCCAGAUUGUUUUUAAAGUACAAUAAAACAUUUUCUUUAUGGAACCAUAUAUUCUAACUUCUAAGAACCUACAAUGGAAUAUUUUUAGUGUCACAUUUUCUGCAGGCACAUUUGACGAAAAGAGCAUUUCCUGUUAUUUACUUAUGGUGGAUCAUGUUUCUUAUGUAGGAUAAGAUUUUUUUCAUGCAGCUUUUAUGCAUGAAACAAUAAGGAUCCUACCUGUGAAUUUGGAAUUAGCUAUGGUUGGUUUAUUCAAAUCCUGCAAGUCCUUUAGUUCUAGUCAUUAUCAUUUAGUACUUUUUAGUUCAUGAACCCUAUAUGUGACAUCCAUCUUUCAUCUGUGUGUGCUCAAGAAACUGUGAAUUUUGUCACAAUGCCCCAGUUAUUAUCCAAAUUCUAUCCACUUCCUCCUGAAUAAAAAUUCAAGAAAAGGAAAAAAAAUCUUGAUACACUUCCGUAUGACAGAUUAUGCACUUAUUUUCAUGCUUCAUGUUUGGUUGACUUUGUUCAUAAUGUCCCUACCAAGUGUUUUCAUAAUCUGCUAGCCAUGCUUAUGUUGCUUUGAAGCAAGGUAUACAAUUUGAAUGGUACCGCUCGGUACGGGCGGUACGUACUAGUCCGACAGGUUAUCGGUAUGCGGAUUGUCCGUUAUCGCCCGGCACAGCUCGGUAACGGUCGAUUUCGACCCUUUCUCAUGUUUUUAAACCCUUCUUUUCUCCUAUUUCACUCCAUUUUAUUCUCACUCUCUUAAACUAUCUCAAACUUUUUUUUUCUCAUAUUUGUGUUAUCCUAAACUCCAUUACACCUAAAUUAGGCGUACCGCUUGGUAUGCCAUACCGUACCAUACCGAACCAACCUCGAAACACCGGUAUGAUAUGGUAUUUCAAUCCUUGCUUUGAAAUAUAUCUUGCUGGCCUUGUCUGGACAUACGGAUGAUGUUUGCUGAUCUAUAUAGCAAGUUUGGUUGUGGCUUUGUUAGCCUGCAAGUUCUUGUUAAUUAAAAGAACGAUUUUCUAUAUUGUUCAUUAUCUUCAAUUUCCUGUUAGUGAUUAAGUUCUUAAGAUCAAGGUUCGUAAUACCGUACCGGACCGGUGUUUCGACCUGGGCUCGGUACCGGUACGGUAUGGUAUACCGAGCGGUACAUCCAGGUGUGCUGAGUACUGUAGCACUGCACUCGGACUGGUAACAGGUGGUCCGCGUACCGACAACCUGUCGGACCGGUACGUACCUCCCGUACCGGGCGGUACAGUUCGGUACUGCAGGCCAUGCUUAAGAUAUGCAGUUCCAUUGAGAUCAUUAAUGUUUUAGAAAAUUGGCCUGAAUACUUGAAUCUACAUGUGAUUAAGAUAGGGAUGUAUUAUAAAGAGUUAUAUGUGGCUCUUUACUCUAUUCAGAAUGUUUUGAAUGGGUGAAUUUUAUUUAUUAUAUUGAAAGGCUAUAGUCAAUGUCAUUUCAAUGUUUUGGUAGAUUGGUUCCAACUGUACACUAAGCUGAUAACAGUAAUUUAUAAUGAAAUUUCUCUUCUAUGUUAGACUACAUGUGUUAUUUAUUGGUUGAUAUAUGAAAUUUUCUUUUGUCAACUAUUGUUGUUACUUUGUGUUGUAGGAUAGGAUGAUGAUGUUAAAGUAACAGCCAGAACUGUUGGAUUGCACCGUCUGAUCUCGUUAAAUUUUUAUCCGUUUCUUCAAAAAUAUGUUCAGAUUUUCUAAGCGUUCAUAGUCAAGGCAUGCUGUUCCCAGUUCUGUUCUUCAGAUAGAAGAACUCAUCGAAGCUGUUUUUAUUUGAAUAGUACCUCCUGAUGCGGUUGAACCCUUAUUUAAACAAAUUGUGAAUCAAUUUGUGCAUGAUCGUUCUCGCACAGAGGCCAUUGCUGUUGGGCUGAAUGUUGUGAGGGAGAUCUGUAUCAGGAUGCCUUUGUUAAUGAAUGAAGAUCUGCUUCAAGACUUGGUCUUGUACAAAAAAUCACAUGAGAAGGCAGUUUCUUCAGCAGCUCGCUCCUUGAUAACUUUAUUCAGAGAGAUAUGCCCUUCUUUAUUGGUCAAAAAGGACCGUGGCCGUCCGGUCAAUCCCAAAGCAAGGCCAAAAGCAUAUGGAGAAGUUAGUAUAGCUACUGAUGUGCCUGACAUAGAGUUGCUGGAACACGUUGAUAACUCGAUGACUGACAGUUCUGAUGCUGAGGCUUCUGCAUCAGAUUUGGAUGAUGAGUAUGACAGUGAUGCUGAGACAGAGAAAGAGGAUGAUUCUUUGGAAGAUGAAGAAGAGGAUGAUGAGGUUUCAGAUGAAAAAAAUGAAGAAGAUUUAGGUAACAGUGAUAACAUUGAUGGGGAGGAAGAUGAUGGUGAUGAUCUUGAUGAUGAUAUUGAUGAGAAUGCUGCCUAUGAUGAAUAUGAUAGUGAUACUAAAGAAGAUGUGGAUCUUAGUGAUGAUAAUAUGGAUAUCUCCAGUGAGCUAGAUGCAUCAAGGAAAAAGUCUUCUAAUGACAUCUGCAAUGAUGAUGACCUCAGUAAUCAUGAAUGCGCUUGUGAUGACAACGAUGAAAUAAAGGAAGAGGAGAAGGCGAAAUCAAAGAAGAGGAAGUUUGCGGAUUAUGUUGGACAACUGAAUACUUCAGAAUCAAGUCUUCGCACCCUUAAAAGACUAACAAUGGACAAGAUGUCACAGAAAGCAUCAGAUGAAACAGAUGGAAUUCUUUCUAAUGAAGAUUUUCAACGUAUAAAAGAGUUGAAGGCAAAGAAAGAAGCAAAGCUGGUUAUGGCUCAGCAAGGUCUUUUGAGAAAGGGUAUAGACUCGAAAGUCUCAUCUUUCAAAAUUCCCUCUUCUGAGCAAUUAAGUAUAAAGCCAGUGGAUCCUGCUAUGCUAGAGGUCCACAUUAAAAGAAAGCUUAGCAAGGAGGAACGACUGGCCCUAGUAAGAGCUGGGAGGGAGGAUAGAGGAAAGUAUCAGGCCAGAACUGCUGUGAAACAAAAAAAGACGGGUGGUCUAAGCAGUCGCCAAAAGGAACAUAAAAAGAAGAUGCCUCUUUCUGUCAAAAGAGCAAAAGUAGCUCGCUCUAGGCAGGAGAAAAAACAGCGGCAAAGGCGGUCAGGCAAGCAGUUCCAGGGAAGGAAAGCAUGGAAGUGACAAAAUUUCAUAGCUUCCUAAAAUUUCAUGGCUUCGUAAAGUGACAAGAUUUCGUAAAAUUUUGACCCCAUGCAGUUUCUUCCAUUAGAAAAUUUCAUUUCAAAAGUUAUGAUUUCUGCUUAGAAUUUUGAUUUAUUUUCUUCUGUUGUGUAAGUCUUUAGCUGAUUUCAGAUGAGCUAUAUGUAAAUCAAAGCUGCCUUUUGUCUUGAAUGCUGUUGCAAGGAAAUAGAGCAACAGAUUUUAUUGAUUGUGUUUCAA